AUGGCGGACAAGCAAGCUUCAAAUGUCCCCGUCCAUGACCCUAAGCAGUCCAGUGAAUACAUUCCCUUUCCCUGCCUGCCUCCUGGAGGCCCUCUCAACCGCUGGUCAACAAAGAUCACCCGUGAGCAUGACUAUCCCGGAGCUCAGGCUAUGCUCUACGGAGCCGGUGUCCCAAACGAGGAAAAGAUGAAGAAUGCACCUCAGGUUGGUGUUGCUACCGUCUGGUGGCAAGGCAACCCUUGCAAUACUCAUCUCCUCGAUCUUGGCCAGAUUGUCAAGAACUCCAUCGAGAAGGAGGGCAUGAUCGGAUGGCAGUUCAACACCAUUGGUGUAUCUGAUGCUAUCACUAUGGGAGGCGAAGGCAUGCGAUUCUCUCUCCAGAGCCGAGAAAUCAUCGCUGAUUCCAUUGAGUCCGUCACUUGCGCCCAGCACCAUGACGCCAACAUCUCUAUCCCUGGCUGUGACAAGAACAUGCCCGGUACCGUAAUUGCCGCUGCUCGUCACAACCGCCCCUUUAUCAUGAUCUACGGCGGUACCAUCCGUAAGGGUCACUCGAACCUUUUGGAGAAUACUAUCAACAUCAGCACCUGUUACGAGGCCUCGGGAGCUUUCACUUACGGCCGUCUCCACGCAAAGUCCAAUCCUGGCGAGCCUGGUCGUGAGAGCGGUGAUGUCAUGACUGACAUUGAGAAGCAUGCUUGUCCUGGUGCUGGAGCCUGUGGUGGUAUGUACACAGCGAACACUAUGGCCACUGCCAUCGAAGCAAUGGGUCUUACGCUGCCUGGCUCUUCGUCAUACCCUGCCGAAUCUCCCGAGAAGCGUCGCGAAUGUGAGCGAGCUGCUCAAGUUAUUCGAACAACUAUGGAGAAGGACCUUCGUCCCCGUGAUAUCAUGACCCGAGCUGCUUUUGAGAACGCCCUUGUUCUGACCAUGAUUCUGGGCGGUUCAACAAACGGUGUUCUUCACUUCCUAGCUAUGGCCAACACAGCCGAUGUGCCCCUUACCAUCGACGAUGUCCAGCGUACCAGUGAUCGCACUCCUUUCCUCGCCAACCUCGCCCCUAGUGGAAAGUACUACAUGGAGGACCUUUAUAAGGUCGGAGGAACCCCCUCAGUGAUUAAGAUGCUUGUCGCUCGCGGUCUUCUCGACGGUAGCAUCAUGACCAUCACUGGCAAGACCCUUGCAGAGAACGUCGAAGACUGGCCUAGCUUGGACCCCGGUCAGGAUAUCAUCCGUCCUCUUGAGAACCCCAUCAAAGAGUCCGGCCACAUUCGCAUUUUGAAGGGCAACUUUGCCCCUGGCGGUGCCGUGGCUAAAAUCACCGGAAAAGAGGGUCUGACAUUCACUGGCAAGGCCCGCGUAUUCAACACUGAAAAGGAGCUUAACGCCUCCCUGGCAAACAGCGAGAUCAAGCAGUCCGACGGCAACUUGGUUAUCGUUGUCCGAUACGAAGGCCCCAAGGGCGGCCCGGGAAUGCCUGAACAACUCAAGGCUUCUGCUGCCAUCAUGGGUGCCGGUCUCUCAAACCUGGCCCUCGUCACGGACGGACGAUACAGCGGAGCUUCUCAUGGCUUCAUCGUGGGCCACGUCGUGCCUGAGGCUAUGGUUGGAGGUCCUAUUGCUCUAGUCAAGGACGGAGAUAUGAUGACGAUUGACGCUAUCCGCAAUCGCAUCGACGUGGACAUCACUGACGAGGAGAUGGAGAGACGGAGAAGUGAGUGGAAGGCCCCUGAACCCAGGGUCAAGAGAGGUGUAUUGGCAAAGUAUGCCAAACUGGUUGGAGAUGCCUCUCAUGGUGCUGUGACGGACCAAUGGUAA